UCUGAUUGAUCAAGCUGGAAAUUUUUUUCCCAAGAGCCUUUUCACAACUGCCUUUUGCAAAGUCUUCAGACAGUCCCAUUUGUGCCAUGUUUUGUGGCUCUCACCGUAAGAGGAAUUUGUCUUGAUGAAGAUUCCUAACAUUGGUAAUGUGAUGAAUAAAUUUGAGAUCCUUGGGGUUGUAGGUGAAGGAGCCUAUGGCGUUGUACUUAAAUGCAGACACAAGGAGACACAUGAAAUUGUGGCUAUCAAGAAAUUCAAAGACAGUGAAGAAAAUGAAGAAGUCAAAGAAACCACUUUACGAGAGCUUAAAAUGCUUCGCACUUUGAAACAGGAGAACAUUGUGGAGCUGAAGGAAGCCUUCAGAAGAAGAGGAAAAUUAUACUUAGUUUUUGAAUAUGUAGAAAAAAAUAUGCUUGAAUUGCUAGAAGAAAUGCCAAAUGGAGUUCCACCAGAAAAAGUGAAAAGCUACAUCUACCAGCUAAUUAAAGCAAUUCAUUGGUGCCAUAAGAAUGAUAUUGUUCAUAGAGAUAUCAAGCCAGAGAAUCUCUUAAUAAGCCACAAUGAUGUUCUGAAGUUGUGUGACUUUGGCUUUGCUCGUAAUCUCUCUGAAGGAAGCAAUGCUAACUAUACAGAAUAUGUGGCUACCAGAUGGUACCGCUCACCUGAACUCUUGCUUGGAGCCCCUUAUGGCAAGGCUGUGGAUAUGUGGUCUGUAGGCUGUAUCCUGGGGGAGCUGAGUGACGGGCAGCCCCUGUUCCCUGGCGAGAGUGAGAUUGACCAGCUCUUCACCAUUCAGAAGGUGCUGGGCCCACUGCCAGCCGAGCAGAUGAAGCUCUUCUACAGCAACCCACGCUUCCAUGGCUUGCGGUUUCCAGCAGUCAAUCAUCCACAGUCUUUAGAGAGAAGAUACUUGGGAAUUUUAAGUGGUGUAUUGCUUGAUCUUAUGAAGAACUUACUGAAGUUAGAUCCAGCAGAUAGAUAUUUGACAGAACAAUGUUUGAACCACCCUUCGUUUCAAACCCAAAGACUCUUGGAUCGCUGUGGAAGUUCGCCUUCGCGGUCAGCUAAGAGAAAACCUUACCAUGCAGACAGCAACACUUUAUCUAACAGAAAUCAAGCCAGCAAAAGUUCUGCUUUGCAGUCACACCACAGAUCAAACAGCAAGGAUAUGCAGACACUAGGGGCUGGUGGGCCAAGAGAAGAGGGGCUUCCAGCAAAUGAAAGCUUUUUAAAUGGAAACCUUCCUGGACCUGCACCUAGUCCAAUGCAUGCAAAAAAACCAAGCAACACACCUGGAUCUGGCAACAAGGAUAUAGCCAAUAAUAACAUGCCACAUCUUCUCAGCCCAAAGGAACCAAAGGGAAAAACAGAGUUUGAUUUUAAUGUGGACACCAAAAGUUCUGAUGGUUCAGGCACAAAGUACCUGAAGUCUAACACCAGAUCUCAGCAGAACCGGCACUCCUUUAUGGAAACUUCUCAAAGCAAAACUGGGACGCUGCAGCCUGGCGACAAGCACAGUCGCCACAGCUACAUCGAUACCAUCCCACAGUCUUCUAAGAGUCCCUCCUAUCGGACAAAGUCCAAGAGCCAUGGAGUUCUGACAGACUCAAAAUCUGUGGGCAACCUUUCUGAGGCCAGGGCCCAAGCUGCAGAACCAAACACCAGUAGGUAUUUUCCAUCCAGCUGUAUGGACUUGAACUCUCCUACCAGUCCAAGUGCUCCCCGGCACAGUGAUAACAGAACUAUGCUCAGUCCAUCCGCGAGGAAUAACCGCAGCGAGGGUACCCUGGACGCCCGAAGACCACCAACAAGACACUCCAAAACAAUGGAGGAGUUAAAACUGCCAGAUCACAUGGAUGGAAGCCAUUCCCACUCUCUAUCUGCUCCACAUGAAUCUUUUUCCUAUGGUCUAGGUUAUACCAGUCCUUUUUCUUCGCAGCAGCGCCCUCAUAGACACUCUAUGUAUGUGAGCCGGGACAGAGUGAGGUCAAAGGGCUCAGAGGGUGGCUUAAGCGUAGGGCAAGGGAUGGCAGCCAGAGCAAACAGCCUGCAACUGUUAUCUCCACAGGUGCAGCAUAAGUCACUCACAAGGUCUGUUGGCUCAUCAAGAGAAGACUGUACAGAAGAUUCUAAUAGGGGUGGAGCAUAUCAUGAUCCACACACAGAAGAUGGAGCAUCUACUAAGGAGAAUAGAAUUCUGUAUAAUGACCCUGUUCCGAGAAGAGUUGGCAGCUUUUACAGAGUUCCAUCUCCGCGUCCAGAGAGUACCUACAUAGAAAACAAUGUGUCCAACAGAGCCUCGGUGUUACCAGCAGACAGCACCACGGUGACAAACCACCCCAAGAGACAAACCACCUUUGACACCUGGAAAAGUCCUGAAAACCUUAACAGUCACUCAGAACAGCUCAAGGAGAAAGAAAAGCAAGGUUUUUUCAGGGCAAUAAAAAAGAAAAAGAAGAAAUCUCAAAAUACAGACUCAAGCAACGGCGAGAAUCCAAGCAUCAAGAAAUCCCUCUUUCCUCUUUUUAAUUCAAAGAAUAAUUUAAAGCAUAGUUCUUCUUUGAAAAAACUUCCUGUAGUCACUCUACCAAUGAUGCCUAAUACUGAAGGUCAGGAUCUCUUGGCAUUACAGAAAGCCAUUCAUUCUUCCAAUCACCAGAGCAGCAGGCAGAAGGAUUGGCAUCCUGAGAAGAUGACAGAAAUCCAGCCUCAUAGCCAGCCGUUAAAAUCUCUUCGGAAGCUCUUACACCUCUCUUCAAACCAUCCUGUCGCUGCUGAACCCCGCUUCCAGCCCUUACCCAGCCAGCCAGCCAAAGCUUCUUUUCCUGAAGUGCGAAUCCAUCCCAUGAGUCAAAGCUCCAGCAGCGGCAGCAGCAAUGUGCGGCCAGAGCCGCAGCCGAAGAGCCGGCCAACGCUGCAGAUCCCGAGCCAGCUGGAGCCCACCUGGCACGUGUCCCCCGUGAACAGGAGCGUGAGCGACGGGCCCCCCUACUCGGACCAGCUGCCUUCCAAGAGCGGCCAGAACGGGCACACCUACAGCCGAACAAACCGGUCGCGAAUGCCAAAUCUGAACGAUCUCAAAGAGACAGCCUUGUAAUGGUGCUCCAGCAAAUAGACCAGUGUGGGUGGAGAUCAGCAUAGGGGAGCGGUGGUGUUCUGGUGAUGGUAAGACUGCAUUUUCAGCUUUAUAAAGGUGUGCAAUAUGUACAUGUGGAGCUAUGCUGUUCAGCACCACGAGAGAGUCAGGGAUUAUACAGGAACACGAGUGGAACUAUGAAUUACCGGUGAGCAGAAAUGUCACUGGAUGCCAGGCAGAGUGUGCCGGUCAGGGAGAAAAAUGCAUUGUCAUUUUCUCUCAUUUACAUUCCAGCUUAGUGCACAUCUCUGUCUGAAAGCUGGGAGACUUCUGGUAUGUAUUGGCACUUAUAAGGGUGAAAACAUUAUCUAGGCCUAUGCCCUUACUACAUUUUUUGCUGCCUAGUUAAAACAGUGGGGUUUAUGUGAUGAAAGUGUAUCCCUGUUAAGGGUUUAAAGUUAAAUUGUAUGUCUUAAAUUUGUUUUUUAAACUUCCAUAUUUGAUAGGAUUUGUAAUAUUUAUUUAUGAUGACCUAAUAUUGUACUGUUAUAAUCAUAUCUUUUAUGUUAUAAUGUAAAGUUAUUUUGAGCUGUUUGAAACAUUGUGAAGCAGUGCAACAGCUACAGUAGUUUCUAUAAAAAACUAACAGUAACAUUUAUAUAUUGCAUCAGGAGUAUUUUAUUCUAUAUAUAAAUAUAUAUAUAUAAAUGGAAAAUAACUGUCUGUUUUUUAAAUAUACUCAUUUAAAAGAAAAGUAUUGUUAUGACACUAUCUGCCAUAUUUUUUAUACAUUUGUGAUAUAAAGUGCAGUAUUAUACUUCUAAUAAAAGGAAGCUGAAUGUGGACAUAAACGUGACUGUAACAGUAUGAAUCUUGCUUGGCUAUGAGAGCCCAGUAUUAUAGGCAUUAUUGGUAACAAACAAAAGACAACAUUUGAUUCCAAGCUUUAUUACGGGCUAUUUUGUUGGAAGUAUUGGCUAAAUGUAAGAGACUGCAGAACUGUACAGUAAUCUAAAUGUGGUAUGUUCUCCCCUGUCCUUAGCUUUCCUAGUAAUAUUAAUGGGAUUUCUGCAUCAAGAGCACAGAGCCCCAGUACCAAAUUUUUGUUUCUUCUAAAGAGAUAAAGUGCCCCAUUACUACAAGCGAAAGCAGGUGCUCUUCCACUUAAUAGCAGGGGUGAAAACCAAAGAAACACAGCAUGAAUUGCAAGUGAAAUGCAAAACUUUGACACUUAAGCAUAGCAUGGCACUGCAGAUCAUGGUAUAAGCUUUUAUGCAUAUGUGUAUUUUACAUCUCUAGCAAUCUAUUAGCUAAUAAGAUAAACACUGUAUUAGAAUUUAAACUACUCUUGCACUUUUUAUUAUAUUUCAGGAUGUAUUUAAAGCUGCAAAUCUGAUAUUUGGAUAUAGAGGGAGAAGGUUGCCAUGCAAUUUGACUUCUCCUUAGGUCUUACUAUCCAAAUAUUCCCAUACCCACUUCAGCUACCAGUCUCAGCAAAAUACUAGCUCUUGGGCUCCAGUCUCCUGUACAAUGUAGUUAAAACUGCCUUUACCUUGGUGAAUGUCAAGUGUAGCAAAUACACACCCUGAUUCCUCUGUUGCUACCAGUAAAGUAAAUCAAAGGUGAGCCAGUAGGAAUCAAAAGAGUUAUGCCAGUCUAAACUUUGUGCAAUAAGAGGAGAGCCAGGCCUGUAGUGUCAGAACAAUACAAUCUUUCCUUUUUAAACACAUUAGUUCUACUCCCUCAUUACUCUGCAGCAUACUUUGUUUUCUAAGACACCUGUACUUGCAAAUACACUGUCUUUUCCAAAAAGAGAUUAACCUGAAUGUAAAUUGAAUGAUUUAGCCAUAGAUUUAGUUAACAAAAGCAGCCAGGCAGUAAAAGCUGAACUUCCAUCAUGGAUAACAAUGCAAACUGGACAUGCUGUUCAGUACCUUUUGAGUCAUACCAAAGUUCUAACAACAGCAAAUUCGGCACCACUACUGUAAAAAUGGUUGUCAGAAAGAACAGUGUGGAAAGAUGUUAUAUCAGUUUUGUCCAGGACUAAAAAUAAGUCUACUAAAUUUGAAAAAUUAAAAAACAUGAAUUCUUCCUUUGUCAAUUGCCUGCAAGAAAUGUGCAUGUGA